ACAUCGUUUGCUCAUGGGAGGCACUUCAUCGAAAAUAGCUUUCGAAGUUUGUGUAGUUAGCAGCGAUUAUACAGGUGAUCAGCUUGGCCCCGAUGUCAGUAUGGUGAUGUUUGAUCACCACGGAGCUCAGUCGCCAACGAUUACACUGGACAAUAUCUUCAAGGAAGAAGCAGACUAUUCACAAGUCAAGUUCACUCUCGACCUCGAACCAUGGAGUCGGUUAAAGGUACUUCUUGAUCAUGUAGUUUUUCGGCGGUUGCAUCACAUCGAAUUCUGGUGUACCACCCACACACACCCGGCACCUGCUUGGUUUUUGGAUAGAGUCAUUAUUCGAGACCGUCGUUUUGGCAUGACCGCAGAGUGGAAGUAUUUCUUCUUCCCCGUUCACCAGUGGAUCACACCGGAUCAUCAGUAUGUGGUACACGACUGUGAAUCUUGGCUUCCACAAGUUGACCCAUUUCCUGACCUUCGUGAGAUUGAACUUACUACACGAAUGCAGCUUUUCACAUUCUUCCAGCGAGCCAAGGGAUUGCCGGUCGAGGUAAUACUGAUUUUCAUUCUUCAUCCCGGUAUUCAGUUACAGGAUAUCCCAUCAAGUGAACUUUUCUUCACGGAUGCACGCUGGAACAUUGAGCCCGUGGUAUUGGAGGUUAUUCAACAUGUGGAUCUUGCCUCGGAGUACAACAGCGAAGAAUCUUGGGAUUCACUAGAUGACCUUGGGAGUUUCUAUAAGAAGCAUAACAUAACAGAACCCGUAAGCUUGCAGUUGUGGAUGAUGAAUGAUAUCUGUUUCGGUGCUCAACGGAUUCGUGGAUGCAAUCCGUUCACGAUAGAGCUGUGUCGUGAACUUCCGGAGAGUUUCGAUGCUGUUGCUACCUGGAUCAAACCGCAUUUGGAAGGUUGGACCCUGAGACAACUAGUGUCAGCCAACCGACUCUACUUAUUGGACUACCGGAUCAUGCGUGGUCUGACUUGCAAACGCGGACGCUCUUUAUGUGCUCCUUUGGCGCUUCUUUUACACACAGAAAAACGACAACUCAAGCCAAUCGCUAUCCAGCUUAACCAAGACGCGGGGGCAGCCAAUCCGAUCUUUUUGCCUACCGAUCCCACUGCGGUUUGGCUACAGGCAAAGUUAUGGGUCAACCUUGCGGAUGCAUGCCACCACAUGAUUGUCGGACGUCUGCUAACCCACAUAAUCUUAGAAUCAAUCUACGUCUCUAUGCGACGUAACCUGGCUCAGUCGCAUCCCAUAUACCAGCUGAUGGCACCUCACUUUCGGAGCAUACUUCCUGUCACAAAAAAGUUGAAAGAAUGGACUUUUGAGAAUGGAUGGAUUUCUCGCAAUAUUCAGCUGUCACACAAGGGAAUCAAACAGCUUCUCAAGCGUGGGUUUAAACGUUGGAGAUUUGAUGUUCAAGCGAACAUUUACCGGGAACUGGAGUCUAGAGGGGUGUUCAAUCCGGAAGGUCUGGGUAAUUACCCAUACCGGCACGAUGCGUUAAUUAUUCAUCGUAUUUUGGAAAAAUACGUGGCAAAGUACCUACGUUACGUAUAUGGUGGAACCGAGGACCUCCUACAGGAUGGAGAAUUACAGUUGUGGCGAAACGAAAUCGCAAGCCCAAUGGAAGAGGGUGGCUUAGGCUUACUAGGUGUUCCAGGCAGCGCUACGAAAAUGGGUGAUCCACCGGAAGAGGUCUUUGGCCUAGUCACCAUGGAUGAGACGGGGAAGUUUCUAGUGGGGAUCUUAUACCUUGCCAUUAUUGUGGCCGGAUCUGCUCUACGCCUGCCCAUGUUCGACGAAUAUGGUUUUCCAGCCCACUAUCCUCUCAGUUUGUUUGGUUCACCUCCAUCAGACCCAGGAGUUUCAGAAGCGAGUAUGAUGAGCAAUGCCCCUGGGAGUGUGGCAAGUCAUUCAACAACCAGGGGGAUGAAUGAGGUUAUCACCUCAUUGCCUAACCGUCAAAUGACAGUUGAAGUAGUCCUCUACACACGCCUGGCCAGUCGGGUUCAACAGUCAGUCCUAGGCAAGUAUGAGUCGGAUUACAUCUUCAAACCGAAGGCAGUCGCCAUACUGGAAGAGUUUCGAAAAGAUCUCGCAGAUGCAGUUUCACAAAUCGACGCUAACAAUCUUGCACGUGAUAUGCAUCAUCAGUAUCGGGCUUUGGAUCCAUCUCUUAUGCCAAAUUACCCAGGGAUUUAACAUCUCUUUUACCCGCGUCAUUCCAUUCGUUUCGUGUACAAUCAUGCUGUUAUUGACUUUUGAUUCAAUUCAGUUUUCGGUCUUAGUUGUUUUUUCAAUUAUUUCUUCUCUUUUACCGGCUUGUGCAUGGCUAAUCACUCUGUACAUUUGAUUUUGGGAGAAAACGGUAUCGCGUUCUCCUUGACCGCAAACAUAUCAUGCGAACCACCAGACAUAUCAGCUGCUCAUGGUCAUUUUAUUUUCUCCUUAUUUAACUGUUGCCUUUUUUAUACAUUUAAAGGUUCAUUUUACCUCACCUGUGCAGCGUUACUAUUUCACUUAUGUGCUUAUUCUAAUCGGAUCUUACCGUCUUCCUUCGAUUGUCUACACGUUCAACAAAUAAAUCCUUAG